CAAAAUCCCCUCCGCUUCUCCUCCUCUCCCCAUUCUUCUCCUGUCUCUCUCGCCGCCUCCAAUUCCUCCAAACCCUCAUCCUCCUCCUCCGCGGCGGCGGUGGCGACGGCGGCGGCCGCACCAUGGGUUGCUUCCUCUCCUGCUUCCGCGGCGCGGGAUCCGAUCCCGCCGGUAGCCUCCGCGAUCCGCUCGUGCGGGAGAGCCGGAUCGGGGAGGCGUUCCUGGACGACGAGACGAAGGUUGAAGCGAGCGGGACGCUGGAUGGGGAUCGCGGAAAUGGCGGAAGCGUCGACGAGGAGCUCUGGCGAGAGGCAAAUUAUCUGAAAUCAUGUGGUGCGAUAGGAGAAACCCCACCAGAAAUGCUGAAAGGGUCAAACCAAAUCACUGAAGAAGAAACUAAUGGGGAGCUUAAAGGAGCAGCGGUGUCUGAAGAAAACUUAUCUGAAGGGUUCAACUGUGAUGAGCAUAGUGCUUUGAAACAUGAACAAAGCGAUUCACCUCACCCAACCCCUCUGGUUCUCAGAGGUGAUAUGCAAACUCCUGGUACACUGAAUACUGCAUAUAAGGAGUCUUUAAGGUCUGGGAAGCGUGCAAGGACCAACAAGCAAUUCAUAUAUCCUGUCCUCAGACCUAUCGAGAACAAAUUACAAUGGAUGGAACUAAGAGACGACUCUUCACCUAUCCUGUCAUUCAAUCCUCCAAAGAGAAGAUACUUGAGCACAGAUUGUAGCGCGAAACCUCAAGAGUCCAUCACAAAUUCAAUGGCUACGCAAACAGCGCGAAUAACUCCUGCUUCCUUCUCAUUUCAUGACAUUACUGCAGGGCAAGAUCAAGGAGUGAUAUCUCCGGAGGAACAUAAGAGUGAGAAUGACAGCAGAAAGCUGUUAGAUGAUGCAGAUCAAUUGAAAUACAACGCAGACAGUGAGAGGAAGGGUGUUGCAAGCCUUUCUUGCUGGCUUAAGCCUCCAUCUUCAGCUGGUGGGAGUCAAAGUGACACGGAGGGCAAGGUGGUAAAGCAAAGAUGCUACGAGAAUAGUGUUUUCACAGACCUGCCUAUCUUUACAGCUUCUGGUCUGAACUGGGACAAUGACAAGCCUACUCCUGUGUUGCCAAAGGUGUGGGAUGGUAACGGUAUCCCAAACACAACUACCAAAUACAAGGAGGACCAGAAAGUCAGUUGGCACGCAACGCCUUUUGAGGAAAGGCUGAUGAAAGUUCUGUCCGAUGAGAAACCGCAUCAUCAAAGGAAAAUCAGCGGAAAGCUGAUCCAACUUGAUGAAGAGACCAACUGAAGACCCUUGCAAGAAGACCAUCAUCCUCGUAGCAUUUGCAUCAUCAUCAUCAUCCUUGAAACAGUGAAUUUUUUGAAAGGGCCCCAGCUUUGGCUAAUCUGAUAUGGACUCUAGCUACAAGCUGCGCAUCUUGUCAUCUGUACAGCAUUCGCAAAUAGGGUGUCUGAGCUACAUUCUCGUCAAAUUUCAUUUCGGACCGUUAUUGCCAAGUUGUCAACUUAAGUUGUCGUUUGCAACUUUUUGUUUUCCUCUGUAAAGAAGAUGAUACUUUAUCUGCUGUGAACAUCAACUGCCGACUGGAGUUUGAUAGUAGUAUCAAUGAAAGAAAACUUCUCGUGUA